GAUCUGACUGUUCUUUCGUCGCCCACGGAGACAGAAACUACAGCUUACCUCUUCAUGCUCAUACAGUGACUGUGCAGUUGUGCUGCUGGACGGAUCUCAUUAAACAUUCACGGCACUGACACCUGAUCAAAUGCCGUGCGUACUCUUUUUCUGGCGCUGUUGUAGGAGAUUUUCUUUCCAUCCCUUCGGCUACCUUUCCCUCUAGGUUGGGUGGGCGCCGGUACAAGUUGGUGUCUUUUCUCUAGGUGCUGCCUGACACGCGUAUUAACUAUCUUCGUAGCACCAAGAUCGGCAAGGGGAACGUUUAUAUUCCCGCACGGCUGAAGGACAGCCGCCGGGUCCAGUUCAAGUACAGCUGUUGUCACUGCUCCUCUGUGCGUAAAAAUGUCUAAAAGUGAUGACCAUUUACAUCCAAGACCACCAAACCGCUCCGAUGGCUCGACCGCAGUAACAGCAACAGAGGAGAGCGGAGAUCCACCAUCUGUCGGUGCCGCUGGAACCUCGGCGCAAAGCUCCCGUUCGAACGGCGGCAGCGAGCGGAGCUUUGGCCACCCCGGCUCGGCCGGAGGAGGAGAGCCGGUCUCGCCUUCCCGGUGCAGAACCAAAGCCAUCGCUCCUCUCGACAGCCUAAGCGUGUUUCACACAAGGUCUAUAUUCCACCUCCCUCGCCGGUCCUCCAGUGGAUAUUUCUCCAACGACAGCGACUCUGUGCCGAGCUCCCCGCUCUCCCCGAGGCCAGUGACGGCUGACAAAGUCACGCAGACUCCGAGUCCCAGCAGCCAGGUGAUGAACCACGCCCUGCAGUGCAUGGCUGAGGCGCACGGCGGUCGACCGGGGACGCACCGGCAAGAUGCAAGCUCGCCCAGCCCCUCUAGCGCACGGCAGCAGAACGCAAUAAGGGACAUGCAGGCGGAGGCAGUUGGACGAGAGCUCCGACGCAUCGGAGAUGACUAUAAUAACCACCUUCUGGAGUUGGCAGACAGACGUAGACGGGUUGUGCCGCGUAUCCACCAGGAACUCACCAUCGUGCUCUGCGUGGGCAUCCUGGUCCUUGUGAUUGGUCAGAUAAUCUUGCAAGGCAGUAUAAACAGCCAGGACAACUCUCAGGUUUAGCCUUUGGAAAACCCAGCAGACGUAGCGUUUUAUUUUCAUAAUGUAUAUAAUAUUGGAUCUGUCAGAAUCUUCUUUUUGUUUUUGGGGAUCUAAUUUUUACUCUCCCUCCUUCUUUUUCCAAAUUAGGAAGGAGACUUUGGAUUUGGAUUGUUUUCAUUUUGUUUUUGUUUUAACAUGUUUAAGAAACUCUAAAAUGUCUAGUUUUUGCACCUGUGUUUUUUCUUCAAGGCCUCUUUGGAUGCUACCAAAGAGCUGAGCUUUUGCACUGUCCUGUCCAGCGCUGAGGCAGUCAUGCCACCUAAAUAUGCCUCUUUGCAAAAUGAUGCCUGUGGAAAUUCAAAUGUGCCUUGUACAGUUUCCUGUUUACUUUUCUACAGAUAUUACAAGUUCCCUGGGUGAUCAACUCUGUGGACCCAGGGUUGUUAAAACACAUGGGUCUGGUGGGUCCUUAAAAUGUCCCCUUAUAUUUUCCCUAUGAAUGCUUCAGGAAAGGAAAAAUGAUCUUGCACUCCCAUCACAUUAGGAUCUAGCACACGUCAGACCCAUGACCAACUGGGUCAGAAUUUUACCCAAGAUUUUAAUCUCAGAGUUGUCAAACUGCUGUGCUACUGAACAUUUUGUUACCAUGAAAUUUACGCCUGCUUACAGUGUGUCUGCACUGUAAAUUAGAGUUGACUACACCAGCAUUUUUAGCCACAGAAAUGAACUGUGUCCUGAUCAUUUGAGUACUAAAUGACAAAGGUUUUGACUUAAAGCUACAGGAUGUACUUUUAAUAUAAUAUGUUUUAGUGAAAAUAUGCUCUUAAUGUGGAGACGCGCUCUCAGAAGCUUUCGUGACCCAGACUCAUUAAACAGCCUGGCAGUAGUGCAGAGAUAUUCCCUUCUAAAAUUUUGUAGUGAACUUUGCCCUCAGACCGUCAGGAUCUAGGGCGGGAGCUCAUGGCUGUCAGUCAAUACGUGAACGCACAUCUGGUCUACUACUCCUCUUGUACUGGGGAUUGAAGCUAGUAUUAGCGGCUGGAAGACGUCACCAUGGUUGGCUCACGUGCUCAAACUGCAACUUCCUCCAUUAGCUAAGAAGGACUGGGCAAAGCGUAGUGCUAGUUGAUUUCCAGAAGUUGCAUAUUGAAGCUUUAAGAGAUCAUCACUUUUUAAAUGUUUAUUUAGUCAGGGCAGGUCCACUGAGAGGCCACCUCUCUUUUUCAGGAACGCCCUGAAGUGUCCAUUUAGGAUUGUGUGUCAUAUUUCAAAAAUCCAGGUCAGGCUUUAGCUACAGUUGCUCCCGUUACCAUUUGUCAAAUAUGUAAUCAGGUAAUCUGAAUUAUUAUCAUUUCAAAGGUACUUUGCAUUUUAAUAAAUUGAGAACACAUUACUUUGAAUUGUAGUUUUGUAGACAUCCAUAUUGAAAUUUCUAGUGUUGGAAGAUGGCAGCAUUAAUGUUUUCCUAGAGUACUUUACAACUUAUUAAACAUCAAUUGGUGCACAAUAGACAGUGUGGCCUGUUAAUGUAUAAACUGAACAUGCCCAGACAGAUUUUACCCUCUGUAUUGUUCAGUUUUACAUAAAAAAAUGUGGCCCAUUGAUACUAGUAAGAUGAUACUGUAGCAGCCUUCGAGUAAGUGAUACCAGCCUUCCUCGCCACAGAAAAGCCUGUGUGUUUCUGUAACCACUAGAUCCACUAGGCACAUGACUUGUUACUGAGUUGUCCAGUGACUGUAGGACAGUAAAACCCCAAAAAGCAAUAUGAUGAACAAAAUUAAUAAUGAAAUCAUGUCAGAUUUAAAUCAUUAGACAGUAUGAUUUCUGCUGUCUUGUUUACUCAUUUUUCACCUGUUCAAAGCUUGUUUUUUUCUACAAUAGUUGAUCAAACAAUAUUGUCUUCCACCGUUAUUUGUUUCAGCCUCUGGUUUUCCUUAAGCCACACUGAAUGUACUUGGCAAGUGUUGAAUUGUUGACAAGGUCAUGUUAUGCAUUUAUUAGAGCAGUGGUUCAGCCCCAGCCAAAUCUCCUCAUGCCUGCCAGGUCAUGAAACACUCUCGUAAAGAGAUUUCUGGAAAGAAACCAAACACUGAACAAUGCGCAGUCAAAGAGGGGUUGGUCACUGAGUGCUUAGCUAACUGGUAACUGUAAACAGUGGUGAUACAGGCUUCUCUUGCUUAUCUUUGAACUCUUUAAGCUCAUUAAAACAUAUCAGUUCUGGCCAUCA